GCAGUGGGUGUUUCCCUGGAUGAGGUGGGUCGGACUGACUGCUAUAAAGGAGCCCGCAGCCCGGGGGAGCCUCGGAGCUGGGCAGCGAUGUCCUGGGCUUGCGGCGACGUGUGUGAGUGCAGGAAGGGCCGGGCUCUGAGCAGCAUCUUGUACAAGCUGCUGCAGAGCGAGGAGCCGGAGCCGGGACGCCUGUCAGCCGCUGUGUCCCCGGGCUGUGCCUGCCCAUCCCGGCGCAGACUGGUGCUGAAGUGGCCCCACAUCACCUGCGCCGAAGCCUCCGCCGUCCUGGCCAAGACCCUGGCGUUUAUCCAGAACGUGCCCUGCUUCCAUGCAUUGCCCGGGGGAGACCAGGUCACCCUGGUGCGAAGGUGCUGGGCACCGCUCCUGGUCCUGGGACUGGCGCAAGACAAAGUCAAUUUUGAAACGGUGGAGGUCACCGCCACUAGCAUUUUACACAUGAUUUUAACCAGUGGACCCGCGGACACACAAGACAGCGAGGAUCUUCACACGGCUUCGGCAGCCGACAUCCACACCAUUAAGCGGUUUCUCAACAAGUGCUGGACCCUGGAUAUUACCCCCAAGGAGUACGCCUACCUGAAAGGGACCCUUCUCUUUAACCCAGAGCUUCCAGGACUACACUGUGUCGGGUACAUCCAGAGUCUUCAGCAAGAGGCACAUCAAGCGCUCAAAGAACAUGUGAAAAGCACUUGCACGCAACAUCACAGUCGCUUCUUCAACCUCAUCAUUGCACUUUCUAUGGUCCGCUGCAUUGGUGCAGGUGUCAUUGUUGAACUGUUUUUCAGACCCAUCGGCAAUGACAAUAUAGAUGACAAGUUGGUGGACAUGCUCUGUGUUGAUAACAAAGCUCAAGCUGCUGAGAAAAUCAGCACAUAAUAAACAUUGCAGCUGCCCAAUUGCAGAUAUAUAAAUUAUUAGUUUUUUUUGCAAACAGUAUUUUUGUAAAAUAUACAGGUAUAUUGCUAUUCUUGCACAAUUUGAUUUGUUAUAAAUAAAUGGUGUAGGUUUGAUAUCAAUGAAGUUGUUCGAGCCCUUGCAAACUUGCUCACUUUUCAACUGUGGCAUGGUCCUUUUCUGAUAACUGCACAGUCAUAUGUAAUGUUUUAUGACAUUACUUUCCUAACCCUUUGCCAUCUGCUGCAUCCAUUAUGCACAAUGAAGCUUGAAGAAGGGUCCCGAUCCAAAACGUCACCUUUCCAUUUUCUCCAGGGAUGUUGCCCGACCCAUUGUGUUACUCCAGCUAUUUGCAACUACCAAUGGAACUUGACCUUGAAUCUCACUAAUAAAAUGCUGUCUGCUAGAGGAUAAUUGACAGCGCGGUGAAUAACUAUAGUGUUUGGCUGUUUGCUCCAUUGUAUUCCAUGCUCUGAGGGAAGAAUAACUAUGUAUUCUGUGCCCUUGAGGAGUCAAAAGCAAUAUUCUGUAAGUCAAUGAGAAAGAUUUUAAAGCUUGGAAAUAGACCAGUCGGCCCCUCUGGCUAAUGCUGUUAACAUGGGCUGAUUUCACUUAAUCACCGUACCAAAUCCAUACCAAAUUUUCUACAGGCACUCCCCGAUUACAUAGAAUAUAGAACAGUACAGCACAGGAAUGGGCACUUUGGCCCUCAAUGUAUGUGCUGGACCUGUUGCCAAGUUAAACUGAUCGCAUCUGCUUGUAUAUGAUCCUUAUCCCUCUAUUCCCUGCACUUCCAUGUGCUUACCUAAAAGCCUCUUAAAUGCCACUAUCAUAUCUGCUUCCACCAUCACUCCUGGCAAUACGUUCCAGGCCCCACUAUAUGUUUAAAAAAAUAAAUUGCCCUGCAUGUCUCCAUUAAACUUUCCCCCUCUCACUUUAUAGCUACAUUCUUGAGGUUUGGACAUUUCCAGCCUGGGAAAAAUGUUCGGACUGUCUACCCUAUCCAUGCCUCUCAUAAUUUUAUACACUGUACUUUAUCAAAUCGCCCUUCAAACUCUGAUGUUCCAGAGAAAACAAUGCAAAUCUAGCCAACCUCUCCCUGGAGCUGAAACCCUGUAAUCCAGGCAAUAUCCUGGUGAAUCUCCUCUGUGUCCUCUCCAAAGCUUCCUCAUCUUUCUUGUAAUGGGACAACCAGAACUGUAUGCAAAAAUCCAAAGUGGCUGGCCAAAGUCCUAUAGAGCUGCACCAUGAUUUACUGACUCUUAUAUUCAAUGCCUCUAGCAAUGAAGGCAAGUAUACCAUUCUGGCUUUUUACCGGUGAUUACCUAUCUACUUGUGCUGCCUCCUUCAGUGAACAAUAGACUUGGACUCCAAAAUCUAAUUAAAGCCUGGCUUUUCUAUUCUGAUGUAAAAGACUGCAAUGUCCCAUUCAAAGAAGGGCGUUGCACGGGGGAAUGUACAAAUUCCAUACAGACAGCACCCGUAGUCAGGAUCGAAUCCGAUUCCACGGUGCUGUAAGGCAGCAACUCUACCGCUGCAAAGCUAGAUAUUUUCCUAGAAUAAUGAAAGGCCUGGAUAGAGUGAAUGUAGAGACGAUGUUUCCACUAGUGAGAGAGUCUAGGACCAGAGGCCCUAGCCUCAGAAGACAAGGAUUACUUUUAGAAAGAUGCAAAGGAAUUUCUUUAGUCUGAGGGUGAUGAAUCUGUGGAAUUCAUUGCCACAGACGGUUGUGGAAGCCAAGUCAAUGGAUAAUUUUAAGGCGGAGAUUGAUAGAUAAAACUUGAUUAGUAUGGGUAUCAGGGGUUAUGGGGAGAAGGCAGGAAAAUAGGGUUGUGAGGGAAAGAUAGAUCAGCCGUGAAUGAAUGGUGGACUAGAUUUGAUGGGCUGAAUGGCCUAAUUCUGCUCCUAGAACUUAUGAUUUAUAGUUUUGUAUUUUUGUAACAUCUUGGUGAAUCUAUAAAGGAUCCUAUAAAGAGUUUUAUUGCGGGGUAUUCAAAAUUAUAAAAUUAUGUACAAUAAAUGCAGUUCCUCAUCUUGACCUAACUAAUACAAAAAUGUGUCCUUUUUACUCUGGCAUUCGAUGACAAUUACACUUAAGACCCAACAUAGUGCCAUUGUUUUCAUGGAUUAAUCUAUCUACAUGUAUACUUUCAAGAAUUCUCUAUUUGGACUUCAAUUUGUACAGUUUAUAGUUUUUCAUUAUAUAUGCGUCAAUUCCUUCUUCAUUCAUUUCAUUUCCAGUGGAUUAAAUCCAAUCUAAAUAACAUUAAAUUGCUCCAUUAGAUGUCUAAUUUUGCCUCUAAUCAUCAUGACUUUCUGAAGUCUUUCACGAUUCGCACAUUGUCCCAGACAUCUUUACGUCAUCAACGAUUUUGCCUUUGGCCAUGUCCAAAUAAUCAGUGUGAGUCCAAGACUUGUGAACACAUGGAGGAUGUUUACUAGGUUUGAAUAACAAAGGCCAGAUCUUGAUUAGGAUCUCAUUACUCUGCAACUGAUGAGCAGGGGAUCAAGUGCCGUUCAAGUAAG